AGCUCAGGCCUACCUCAUUUUCGCCUGGCAGGUCAGCUGCUCUGUGUUUCAGUCUGAAGCCGUUGGCUGCUACUGAACCGUUUGGCUCUUUUCUCUACUAGCGAGCAAACCUACAUUCUAGACCCAACUGUCCAUCCAGCUCAUUUUUAAGGGGAUUUAUCAUUAUAUAUGCCCGUGUAUCCAAAACACAUCGGUCAUUGGGGAUUCCUAGCACCGGUUGGCCGGGUCUGACGGCCGUUAUAACGCUUUUUCGAGGUUUAAUUAGAGCUAGAAAACAACGGUGGAGGAGGAGGAGAUUCCAUAUUAGGAGAAGGCACCCCCCUUGUGUGAUUUGGAGCUUUUGGUUCUGAGCCCAUGGUACUAGGCCCUGACUGAACGUACUGGUGGGGCGUACAGACUUCUGUGGCUAGGUGUGUGCGUGCUGACCUCAUGGUGUAACAGGAGUAAAGAUGAGCAUUAGCAGUGAUGAGGUCAACUUCCUGGUCUACAGAUACCUACAGGAGUCAGGGUUCUCCCACUCAGCAUUUACAUUUGGCAUAGAGAGUCACAUCAGCCAGUCCAACAUCAAUGGUGCUCUGGUUCCCCCUGCUGCCCUCAUCAGCAUCAUCCAGAAGGGCCUGCAGUAUGUCGAGGCAGAAGUCAGCAUCAAUGAGGACGGCACAUUAUUUGACGGGCGGCCCAUUGAGUCUCUGUCCCUGAUUGAUGCCGUGAUGCCGGACGUCGUUCAGACGAGGCAGCAGGCCUACCGUGACAAAAUGGCCCAGCAGCAGGCUGCCGCUUCAGCACCAACAUCGACCACGGGGGGCAACAUCGCCGGCAACGCCAAGAACGGAGAGAAUACUGCCAACGGGGAGGAGAACGGAGCCCAUGCCUUAGCUAACAACCACGCAGACCUGAUGGAGGUGGACGGAGAUGUGGAGAUCCCUCAGAACAAGGCCAUGGUCUUGCGGGGCCACGAGUCCGAGGUCUUCAUCUGUGCCUGGAACCCAGUCAGCGUCUGCCACCAUCGGCCCUGCGGGUCUGGGGAUUCGACGGCUCGCAUCUGGAACCUGAGUGAAAACAGUACAAGCAGCUCAACACAGCUGGUCCUGAGACACUGCAUACGAGAGGGAGGGCAGGAUGUCCCCAGCAACAAAGACGUCACCUCGCUAGACUGGAAUAGCGAGGGCACGCUGCUGGCAACAGGCUCCUAUGACGGCUUUGCCAGAAUAUGGACGAAAGACGGGAACCUGGCCAGUACACUCGGCCAACACAAAGGUCCCAUCUUUGCCCUUAAGUGGAAUAAAAAAGGCAAUUUUAUCCUCAGUGCAGGAGUAGACAAGACAACAAUCAUAUGGGAUGCCCAUACAGGAGAAGCCAAACAACAGUUUCCCUUCCAUUCAGCUCCAGCACUAGAUGUGGACUGGCAGAGCAACAAUACGUUCGCCUCCUGUAGUACAGACAUGUGCAUCCACGUCUGUAAACUGGGACAGGACCGACCCAUUAAAACAUUCCAGGGACACACAAAUGAAGUAAAUGCAAUCAAGUGGGAUCCCACAGGGAACCUGCUAGCCUCCUGCUCAGACGACAUGACGCUGAAGAUCUGGAGUAUGAAGCAGGACUCGUGUGUCCAUGACCUGCAGGCCCACAGUAAAGAAAUCUACACCAUCAAAUGGAGUCCCACCGGCCCUGGAACCAACAACCCCAGCGCUAACCUCAUGCUAGCCAGUGCAUCGUUUGACUCCACAGUUCGUCUUUGGGACGUGGAGAGAGGCAUCUGUAUCCAUACGCUGACUAAACACCAGGAGCCGGUCUACAGCGUGGCCUUUAGCCCCGACGGGCGACAUCUGGCCAGUGGCUCCUUUGACAAAUGCGUGCACAUCUGGAAUACACAGACGGGCGCUUUAGUCCACAGUUACAGAGGGACGGGGGGGAUCUUUGAGGUUUGCUGGAAUGCAGCAGGGGACAAAGUGGGAGCCAGCGCAUCAGACGGAUCUGUGUGUGUACUAGACCUUCGGAAAUAGUGCUGCUGUUUGUUGGAAGCCAUGGACCGACCAUGAAUGUGUACAUAGCCAAAUGACUGUCCCAGCCUGCCCUGCGUACUGCUCGCGCUUACGACUAUUGGCCCCGCCGACCGACAGACAGGAAGCAGGAAGCAGGAACAGGAAGCAAGCACGCACCCACCCGACACAGCAGGUCCAGACACAGGGAUGAACAGAUGGACAGACAGACAGACGGAAGGAUGGAUCAACGGGCGGAUGGAAGCGCCCCUCUCUAUCUGUACAGACUCUUACAGAGAUGCAGAAGGGACGCAGUGGGAAAAAAAAGUAAAAACUGAUAGACAAAAAAAAAAAAAUUGGAAAAAAAAAAAGUUACAGAUCCGUAUAUGUACCAAAAUUUGGAAGCUAUUUUGCUUUUUUGAUCUUUAAACCAUGCUCAUUGUCAUCAAAAUGAAAAACAAUGAAAAAAGUGUUGAUCUUUGUUACUAGUUGGAUCUCAUUGUGCAGACAUAUCAACUUCUCCACCAUAAAAUAGGAUGGCACUUAGUUUUCUUUUGUUUUGUUUUUUAUUUCCAAUCUCUUGUUUCAAUGUUUUUAUAUUUUUUAUCUUUGGGAGAGGGGACGGGCUGGUCAGGUCAAGAGUUUUAAUAUUUGGAGAAGUACACGCAGACAAACACACUGAGACAUUCAACACCAAACAGUUCUGGAAAACUGCGUCCUCGUCAGGAUCGCAAACCAAUGUGGGCAAAUCGAAAAGCUUCUCCCGUGGUUCAGUAGUGGUUCUUGCAGUCACACGGUUAACCUCAAAAUGCAGUAGUUCAUGUGUUGUCUUUUCUCCCAGAGGACAAACUCUGGAUCCCCCCCCGUACAUCCACUGGGACGCGACACAGAUGAUGUCCAUCUAGAUGCUUUAAAAACAGCUCCUCUGUGCACUAUUUGAUCUAGAUGGUUUUACCCACAGUUCUCCUCUCUGGACCCUUUUGCCAUAGCAGUCACCUGUGUGAUGGAAGAAAAAAAAAAAUAUAUAAAUAAGAAGCUUGGUCCCAUCUCACAUUACAUUCUAUCCUCAGCCAGUAGGAUUCCAGCUGUUCUUUUUUUUUUUCUAACCCUUUACUGAACGGCAUUUUCUCACCAUCUGUAAGACUUCAAACAUUUUUAACCGCGAUUCACCUUCAAAGGCCUCCGAUCAACAAACACAUGACGCCCUGAAAGUGUGGUGGUGAAAAAGUGAAAGUGUUGUUCCACUUUGUAGGUUUUUGCAGAUUCUCAGAGUUAGAUGCUCUGGAGGCAGAAAUAUGCUCGGCGACUAAAAAAAAACACAGCGGGUAGAGCCAACGGAAAAUCCAUUGAGUGAAAGAGGCUGGUUUUCCGGACUCUAGAGCUCCGCUCUGUUGCUGCAUUUGCACAAGGACGGGAGGACAUUAUUCUGUAAGCAUUUCCGAGCAUUCCCACGUUAGUUUUAGUAGCCUAAAGCUCUUUUUUUAUUUUUUAUUUUUUUUUUAUUUUGUGUUGUGUAUUUGUAGAUGUUUAACAAGUAAAAACCAAAUACCAAACAGUUAGAAUAAAAAUUGCAAUUGCUUUGGGGUCAUUUUGCAAUGAGCUUGACACUUUUGUCUUUUUUGUUUUUUCGACUGAAUCACAGCUGACAUUAACGGUUUCGCUCAUUUGGUCGAUCACAAUGACGUACUAGUCUGAACAUAUCGACGUGAACGCAGCAAUAAAAGGGCAGACAAGCAAUGUCUGUAAUCACUUCCUCAUUCCCUGUACUAUAUAACAAACACUAAAUAGGUCACUCUGUAGUGACAUUAAAUUAGGAUUUUUCAAUGCUCUAAUGUUGCAUCAUCAGCAACAGGUGUAGUGUCCCACGACUGUAAUGUGUACGUAUCUAAUGCGACUUAUUGUGGGAUUACAUUUUUUAAUUUUUUUUUAUAGAGCAUUCUGAUUCUCAGAUGAAGGGUUUGUGAGUACUACGGCUGGGACGAUAUGCUUUUGUCCCGAUUGGAUUCUUUCACGAUACGUGGGUGCCGAUUUGAUUUGUGUUGCGAUUUAUUUAUUUAUUGCGAUUCUAGUAUUGUGGACUCGAUAGUAGUGCGAUUUUCUUUUCCUUCUUUAACAAAAACAAAAGUUGAAUAAUACAGUGUUAUAGACAUUAUAUAAUUAGACGUUUCUUAGAAAAAACAAAACAAAUUGUUUUCUAAGAAGAAUGCACAUCACGUCAGUCAGUUGGACAUUUAGUUUAGUAAAGAAGAACCGAAUGUUCUGCUUUCGGCCUGUUUUGCUGGAAACCGAUACAAUGUAGUCGCCAUCACCAGUACCAUAUUAACAGAAAAGAUGUUAGGCGAAUCAUUGGUUAAAAUAUAUCUAAAUAAAUCAAUUCUGGAAAAGAAUUGAUUUUAAAAAUCGUCGCCAAAUAAUCACGAUACAUACCAUUUUUCCAUCUCUGCUGUCGCUACCAUUCGGAUUUGCCAGUUUGCUAACUUUUCUACCGGCGGAAUGGCUCUGUGUUCCUUGGCUCUGCCCUGUUGAAAGUUUAGGUCAAACAAAAACUUCAUUAUUCCAGAUGAGCUCUGCCUCCAAGACUUGUGAAAUUUGAAUCUGCUCAUAUUAGUUUUUCACUGUUUUAAUAGCAUAACCAGCCACUGAUCCCUGGCAUAGGGAGGGCUCCAGUAUGACUUUGGGCUGCCUUUACUCAGGAAGAGAAUUCUGUGCGUUUUCCCCUUCAGACAUACAUCAGGGGAACCUGAUGUCUCAUGCCUGGGAUAAUGCAGCCUAUCAUAUAUAUAUUUUUUUCUUCUCUUGUUGAAUCUUACUGGCUGAUCUUAUUGGCACACGGUUGCUAUUCCCAAUCAAGCUCAAAAGCAGAUCCAACAUUAAAGCAAUAUCUGGACUUUUUUUUUUUUUUGUCUGUUUUUUAUUACCAGCUACUUGUCAUAUUGUGGCGCAAUAACUACACUGCAUUUAGAGGACAUGAACAGAUCAGAUCUAAGGUGUCUAAAGGUCAAUGCUAAGUCUUUUCAUCUACAACACGACAGUCUUGGUGAAUUAAAACAUGUCAAGCUGUACAUUCAAUGGAAUUUUAAUGAAUCUGUUCUCUCACCAUCAAUGGUCCACCACCAAACGUCUGCUCCCAUUUGACUCCGAGGUUCCUUACAAGACAUUUUAUACUCUUUUGAAGACAAAUUUAAAGUUACAUUUUUGUAAUUUCUUUGUAGAUUUGAAAAAAAGAAAUGUGAAUUGAUGAUUUAUUGGCAGUGUUAAUUUACAUGUUCUAUAAAUUUGAAAAGAUUUCCUUUUUGUUACUUUGAUGCUAUUGCAAAUAGAAAAGGUUGACCGGGUAAUGUAAGGCUUACUGAGCUGUCAUUCUAAAGGCACCUUGCUUGGGGAAGAGUUGUCCCAGGAGAAAAUUACCACUAAAUUUGUCUGUUUUAAUAAAGAAAAGUUUUAGUUUUUCUUUCUGCUUGAAUCUUUUUGGGAAGCUUUGUCCCAGAAAAUGACUUCCUCCUUGGCUUACACAGAAGACAAUAAAAAAAAAAAAAAAAAAAGUUACUCUUUAAAUUGAAUAAAAAUGUAAUUUUUCAAUCAAGCCAAGACUCAAGGGAAUUCUUCUUGUUCCCCAUUUUCAUUGCUAUAGUUUGGAGUCAUGGAGAAAGUUGCUCUGGAAGCAGAUACAAUCUCACUGGUUGAAUAUGGAGUUAUAUUUGUGUCUAAAUUAUCAGUGCACUAUGGGACAUUUUGAGCACAGAAAAAGAUUGUUUUGCACAUUCUGUUAAUCCGCCCAAAAUCAUUUCAUUUAAAAACACAAAAAUGUAUCUUUGCUCAGUAAAUGUUUGUGGUUGAGCCACAUAAUUCAAAUUCCCUGCUCUGCGCUCUCAAACCCUUGUGCACUUGCUCCCUGUGUCUCUUGCUCCUACAUCUCUGCUCUAGCUUAGUAGGAUCACUGGUCACUAAGUAGGUAAGGAAGCACGCUAUUAAGCUAUAAUUGAGCAAAAUAUCUUUAUCUGUGCUCAAAAUGUCCUAAACCUCAGUGACCGGAGCCAAAUAACUAUUUAUUAUUCUUUUUUAAAUCUGGGAUUAUUAGACUAAAACAGUGAAAAGGCCAGUCAAAUCCUCCAGAAUCAUCAUGAAUUCUUGGAAGCUUUUUCCAUAUAUUUUAAUUGGAUUUUCAUCUAACGAUUCAGGUGAAAGCUUCAGUUUGGCUUCCCUCUGAGGUGUAAUUAAUCUAAAAACAUUACAUCUGCCUCCAGAACUUUGUCCAACUACAAAUCGACUUUAUUUUCUUCUGUAUUCCCUUGUAAUACAUUGGAAAUUUCUACAAACAUAAGAGAUUCCAUGGGUUCCUAUUCAGAGUCCUGUGAAUAUUGAAUAUAUAUUUUUUUCUUUCUUUCACCCCUGUAUUUAAAGCACUUGAGCCAACAGACACACGUAAACAUGGCCAAAGUCGCUGAGUCAGCCUUCAUCUGUGCCGCCACAACAGAGAAUCAUGUCAGCCCAGCAGCAUCUCUCCCAUGGGGCUCUCAAAGCAUUUGCCUGUUUUUUUCUUUCUGCAACUCGCAUCACAUCGAUUUGUUAUCAUUUAAGUCCUGAUCAGUGAAACAAAAGUCCAGAAUAAAAUAUAUUUUGAUAAGA